CAGCGCCCGGGGGCGGCGGCGGCAUCACCAUGGGCCGGCCGGGCAGGGUGCUGCGGCUGCUGGCGCUGCUGGAGCUGCCCUGCUGCCUGCUGGAGCUGCUGCUCGGGGAGGCGGCCCGCGGGCAGGAGAUGUACGCGCCCCACUCCAUCCGGCUGGAGGGGGACAUCACCCUGGGCGGCCUCUUCCCCGUGCACGCCAAGGGCUCCGCGGACUCCCCCUGCGGGGACAUCAAAAAGGAGAACGGCAUCCACAGGCUGGAGGCGAUGCUCUACGCCCUGGACCAAAUCAACAGCGACCCGGACCUGCUGCCCAACGUGACGCUGGGCGCCCGCAUCCUGGACACCUGCUCGCGGGACACCUACGCGCUGGAGCAGUCCCUCACCUUCGUGCAGGCGCUCAUCCAGAAGGACACCUCCGACGUGAGGUGCACCAACGGCGAGCCGCCCGUCUUCGUCAAGCCGGAGAAAGUAGUUGGGGUGAUCGGGGCGUCGGGAAGUUCCGUGUCCAUUAUGGUGGCCAACAUCCUCCGGCUGUUCCAGAUCCCACAAAUCAGUUAUGCCUCAACUGCACCAGAGUUGAGCGAUGACAGGCGCUAUGAUUUCUUCUCACGGGUGGUUCCUCCAGAUUCCUUCCAAGCACAAGCAAUGGUGGACAUUGUGAAAGCUUUGGGAUGGAAUUAUGUAUCCACUUUGGCAUCUGAAGGGAAUUAUGGAGAAAAAGGAGUCGAGUCCUUCAUGCAAAUUUCCAGAGAGGCAGGUGGGCUCUGCAUCGCCCAGUCCCUGAAGAUCCCCCAGGAGCGCAAGAACAAGAGCAUCGACUUCGACAGGAUCAUCCGGCAGCUGCUGGAGACGCCCAACGCCAGAGCCAUCGUCAUCUUCGCCAACGACGAGGACAUCAGGCAGGUCCUGGCAGCUGCCAAGAGAGCAGACCAGGUGGGACAUUUCCUGUGGGUGGGCUCGGACACCUGGGGCUCCAAGGUGAGCCCGCUGCUGCAGCAGGAGGACGUGGCCGAGGGAGCCAUCACCAUCCUGCCCAAGAGAGCCACCAUCGAGGGCUUUGACACCUAUUUCACCUCCCGCACCCUGGAGAACAACAGGAGGAACGUGUGGUUUGCAGAGUACUGGGAGGAGAACUUCAACUGCAAGCUGACCAUCACUGGCUCCAAGAAGGAGGAGUCCGACCGCAAGUGCACAGGGCAGGAGCGCAUCGGGAAGGACUCUCCGUACGAGCAGGAGGGCAAGGUGCAGUUUGUGAUCGAUGCCGUGUACGCCAUGGCGCACGCCCUGCACCACAUGAGCCGCGAGCUGUGCGCCGACAGCGCCGGGCUGUGCCCCGAGAUGGAGCGCGCGGGGGGCAAGAGGCUGCUCAAGUACAUCCGCAGUGUCAACUUCAACGGCAGUGCUGGCACUCCAGUGAUGUUCAACAAGAACGGGGACGCCCCGGGGCGCUACGACAUCUUCCAGUUCCACAGCAGCAACACCAGCACGCCCGGGUACCGCCUGGUGGGCCAGUGGACAGAGGACCUGCAGCUCAACGUGGAGGAGAUGCAGUGGGGCGGCGGGGCGCGCUCCGUGCCCCCCUCGGUGUGCAGCCAGCCGUGCCGGCCGGGCGAGAGGAAGAAGAUGGUGAAGGGGAUGCCGUGCUGCUGGCACUGCGAGCUGUGUGACGGGUACCAGUACCAGGCCGACGAGGUCACCUGCCUGCUCUGCUCCUACAACGAGCGGCCCAACGAGAACCGCACCGGCUGCCGCUCCAUCCCCAUCAUCAAGCUGGAGUGGCACUCGCCCUGGGCCGUCAUCCCCGUCUUCCUGGCCAUGCUGGGCAUCAUCGCCACCAUCUUCGUCAUGGCCACGUUCAUCCGCUACAACGACACGCCCAUCGUGCGCGCCUCGGGCCGGGAGCUCAGCUACGUGCUGCUCACGGGCAUCUUCCUGUGCUACAUCAUCACCUUCCUGAUGAUCGCCAAGCCCGACGUGGCCGUGUGCUCCUUCCGCAGGAUCUUCCUGGGGCUGGGCAUGUGCAUCAGCUACGCCGCGCUGCUCACCAAGACCAACCGCAUCUACCGCAUCUUCGAGCAGGGCAAGAAGUCGGUGACGGCGCCGCGCCUCAUCAGCCCCACCUCGCAGCUGGCCAUCACCUCCAGCCUCAUCUCGGUCCAGCUGCUCGGGGUCUUCAUUUGGUUCGCGGUUGACCCGCCCAACAUCAUCAUAGAUUAUGAUGAGCAGAAAACUAUGAACCCCGAUCAGGCCAGAGGAGUUCUCAAAUGUGACAUUACGGAUCUACAAAUCAUUUGUUCCUUGGGUUAUAGCAUUCUGCUCAUGGUGACGUGCACUGUGUAUGCCAUCAAGACUCGGGGGGUCCCAGAGAAUUUUAAUGAAGCCAAACCCAUUGGAUUCACUAUGUACACUACCUGUAUAGUAUGGCUUGCCUUCAUUCCAAUAUUUUUUGGCACUGCCCAGUCAGCAGAAAAGCUCUACAUCCAGACCACCACGCUCACCAUCUCCAUGAACCUGAGCGCGUCGGUGGCGCUGGGGAUGCUCUACAUGCCCAAGGUUUACAUCAUCAUCUUCCACCCCGAGCUCAACGUGCAGAAGCGCAAGCGCAGCUUCAAGGCGGUGGUGACGGCGGCCACCAUGUCCUCGCGCCUGUCCCACAAGCCCAGCGACCGCCCCAACGGCGAGGCCAAGACGGAGCUGUGCGAGAACCUGGACCCCAGCAACUCUAUACCAGCAGUAAGAAAGAGUGUUCAAAAGUCUGUUACUUGGUACACUCUUCCACCCACUGUGUAGCUUUUGCCUGCUUUCCCAAAAGGCCCUGCUGCCAAGAAGAAGUACGUGAGCUACAACAACCUGGUGAUCUAGGCCGGCUGCCGUGGGGCGCGGGCCCCGAGCCCGCCAGGCUGAGCUCCCCCACGCAGUCCCGGGAGCGGGCAGGGCCUGAUGCCAGGCUGAUCCUGGGGUCUGGGAUCCAUCCAUCCAUGAUGCCAGGCUGAUCCCAAGAUCAGGGAUCCAUCCAUCCAUGAUGCCAGGCUGAUCCCAAGAUCAGGGAUCCAUCCAUCCAUUGAUGCCGGGCUGAUCCCAGGACUGGGGAUCCAUCACUGCCAGGCUGAUCCUGGGAUCCAUCCAUCCAUGAUGCCAGGCUGAUCCCAAGAUCAGGAAUCCAUCCAUCCAUCGCUGCCGGCUCCGCACGGCGCUGGCCUGGCCCGGCCUGGCCUGGACUCGGGGCUGCUUCGGCCUUGUGGCGCCGUGGUGCCACCCCGGCCUUGUGCCACCAUGGCCUUGUGCCACCCCGGCCUUGUGCCACCCUGGCCUUGUGCCACCAUGGCUUGUGCCACCAUGGCUUGUGCCACCCCGGCCUUGUGCCACCCCGGCCUUGUGCCACCCUGGCCUUGUGCCGCCAUGGCCGCGCCUCAGGAGCGGCUCCCCGGGCCCGCUGCGCUCGGCGGCUCUGGACUCGAAGGGGCUAACUCUGUCUUUCUAUGUACUUCCAGACUGCAAGUUUUUGAACUCUCUGUACAGUUUGUGAGGAUUUUUGCAUAUUGCCAUCCAUGUUGUUCCCAGGUCACUGUUUGUGUUCCGGAUGCACAGUUUCAUUGAGGCCCUGUGCUCUCGGCACUUCUCGAACCAACCGGCAACUGAGGAUCUGAGACCUGUCUACAUGACUUGUACUAUUACUCUUGUAUCACUGCAAUCCAUAUACCUUAUUUUUUUUAACUAAACCAACAAAAAAAAAAAGAAUUUAAAGACCAAAAACUGUGCUGGCGAAGUUUGUUCCCCCCCUUCACACCUCCGAUGGGCUGCAGAGGAAGCAAGAAGGAUUUUUGCUGAGUUUUAGUAGAGGUCUUGAUCUUUGGAAUGCAUGCCAGUAAUGUAUUUUAUGGUACAUGUUAAUAAUUUAUGUUUGAUAUUUGUAUUUGUGUUCUAUUUUGUUCUUUUCUUUAAGGUAUAUGACUAUUUUGCAAUAAUUUCAAUGAUUCUUAUGAUAUUUGGAAGAAAGAAUAUGGCUUUUACAUGUCUUGAGGUUUUUCUUUGUUGAUGCCCCACCAUGACUGACCAGUGUGAUAAGGACUUACAGAAGCAUGUAUGUUUUAUACUGUUUGUAAUAAGUAAUUUCGUUAAUCUUGCUGCUUAUGUGCCAAUUUAGUGAAACCAAUCUUUGCCGCAACCCCCUCCCUCCCUUUCCAUUCUCUCGAUCCUGUGAUAUUAUCCAAGAAUGUAUCAAUAAAGGAUUUUGGGUAACUUUU